AUGCCUGUUAACCAGUCCCUGUAUGCUCAACAUCAUGGUGCUGGGCAUCGCCAAUUGCUGGGAAGGAAUACGUGGCUGGAAGCCAGCUCAAGCCCCUUGCUGUCUUCAAAAUUGAUUUCGUUUGGACAUCUAAGCGUGGCUCACAUCUUGCUGGAGAAUGGUGCUGAUCUCAAUGCACAGAAUAAGUUAGGAGCCAGUGUCCUUACAAUGGCCUCCAGAGGUGGCCACGUCAGCAUGGUGAAAUUGUUGCUGGAAUCUGGAGCUUUUGUAGACAAUUAUGACCAUUUUAGCACUAGCGUACUUAGCAGCAGCAGAGACGACCUUCCUGAUAUCACUCCGCUAAUGGCAGCUGCUCAGCAUGGACAUGAGGCAGUGGUACAUCUGUUAUUAGACUGGGGAGCUGAUUGUAAUUACACUGUGAAGACUAUGGGCUGGAGUCCUUUAAUGCUGGCAGCUGUUAGCGGAAAGGUGAGCUUGGCACAGCAGCUCACGGAGAAAGGUGCCAAUCCUGAUCACUUGAAUGUACUACAUAAAACACCUUUUGAAAUCUCUGUUGGCUUCAAACACAAAGACAUGAAGGACUACCUGGAAUCUCUCACGACGAUCAGACCCCAGGCAGAUACAGAAAAGAGGCAACCCGAUGUCUUUCAUGCUUUGAAAUUGGGAAACUUUCAGCUGGUUAAAGAGAUUGUUGAUGAAGACCCAAGUCAGGUCAAUAUUACCAAUGUUGAUGGUGCAUCUCCAUUAAUGAUUGCGGCUGUAACUGGACAGCUUCCCCUUGUUCAGCUCCUUGUUGAGAAAAAUGCUGAUAUUGACAAACAGGAUAAUGUUCAUGGCUGGACAGCACUAAUGCAGGCGACAUACCACGGAAACAAAGACGUUGUAAAGUAUUUGUUAAAUCAAGGAGCUGAUGUCAAUCUUCGUGCAAAAAAUGGAUACACUGCUUUUGACCUGAUAAUGCUGCUGAAUGAUCCAGACACAGAGCUUGUACGGUUACUGGCAUCAGCAUGCAUGCAAGUAGACAAAGACAAGAACAAACUGAACAACAGAUCAUCUUUGCCUUGUUCCAGAAGCAGGCAAUCAUUAAAUGUCCCAAUGUUGCCAGAUGACAAAGGAGGCCUAAAGUCCUGGUGGAGCAGGAUGUCCAAUCGAUUUCGCAAGCUGAAGCUGACUCAGACGUUGCGCCAUGGAUUUCCUUCCAAUCAGUUUGUGCCUUUUCCUGAUGAGCCUGAACCAUCAUUAAAUUCCACCAUAAAAGCAGUUUCACAGAGUGAUACGGACACCUCUGGAAACCUUGAUGCUGCUACAGCUCGGAUCACAAGUAACAAAGCUAGUGGUGUAAACACUGCAAAAGGAGGAAAGGAUGAUGAAUUAUUGACAACCAUGUUGAGAAGUAGUGCUCCAUUUACCAGGCUGCCCAGCGAUAAACUGAAAGCAGUGAUACCACCUUUCUUACCACCCUCAAGUUUUGAGCUUUGGAAUUCUGACCGAACACGACUCAGCAAAGAUGGCAAAGCUGAACAGAUGAGAACUGCCUGGCCACAAAGAGCAAUCAAGCACGAUUUUAACAGCAGUGGGAACUCUGAUAUAACAUCUGUUAGCAAAGGUACUAGACCAGUCAAAUUACCAACAUUUGCAAGAAGACCUGCAUCUCCUUCAAAUUCCAACAACUUCAACCAUUCUCCCCAUUCUUCUGGUGGAUCCAAUAACAUUGCAGGAAUUAACAGGCAUGGAGGAGAACUGCAUAACAGAUCAGGUGGCAGUGCGGAUAAUGUUUUGUCUCAGAUUGCAGCCCAAAGAAGAAAAGCAGCAGGCUUACCUGAACAGAAACCCAGCCAGCAGCAUAGUCCAGUCCAGUCAACUCCUUCAUCCACUCUGUCUGAUUUGCAAUGUGCUCAAAUUGUUGGCAACGGACAUGUUGUAAAGGUACAGAGAAAUCAAAAAGUGGAGAUGAACAAAAGACCUCCAUCUGGGACCUCGUCUACAUCUAAAAGCACAUCACCAACUCUCACACCUUCCCCAUCACCCUCCCCAUCUCCUAAGGUUCACAACGCAGAGUCUUCUCUCUCUUCUUCUCACAGACAGGCCAAGAGCAAUGGUUCCAGCAGUGGUACUAUUACUGAAGAUGGCAACCAUUUGGUGGACCAUCAACAGCUUGUCCCUAUUCUGAGAACCAGUGAUGUAGAGAAUCAUGAAAGACGAAACCACAUGAGAGUAAAAGGAGGCUCUGAAAACUUGGAGAAAGAUGAGCUGACUGGCAUCCUUAAAAAAUUGUCACUUGAGAAAUAUCAGCCUAUUUUUGAAGAACAAGAGGUGGAUAUGGAAGCCUUCCUUACACUUACUGAUGGUGAUCUGAAAGAGCUGGGUAUUAAAACCGAUGGAUCAAGGCAGCAAAUUUUGGCAGCUAUUUCUGAACUGAAUGCAGGAAAGGGACGAGAGAGACAGAUUUUACAAGAAACCAUACACAACUUCCACUCUUCCUUUGAGAGCAGUGUUAGUAACACACGACCUCCAGGUCAUUCUCAGU